AUGAUUUUUACAGGUAUUUCAUACAAUCAACCAAAACUUUGUGCAAAUGCAACGUGGAACCAGACGGCUAUAACUUUUGCUACAAGCGCCACGAUUGGCUCGGCACCUGUAGGCAUGUAUGUCAAUACAAAUAACAGCGUCUAUGUCGCUGAUCAAACGAAUGGGAGGAUUCAAGUGUGGCUUAACGGAAGUACCACACUUACAGGCACACUCUCGGGUGGCUUAUCCGUACCCUAUGGCGUUUUCGUUACGUACAAUGGUGAUGUUUAUGUCGACAAUGGCAAUACAAAUUAUCGAGUUGAUAAAUGGGGAUGGAAUUCAACAAGCAGCGUUCCAGCUAUGUAUACCUGUGGACAAUGCUACGAUCUCUUUGUCGAUGUCAAUAAUAUGCUUUACUGCGUAAUGGGUCCGUAUCAUCAAGUUGUCUCAAAGUCAUUGGACACACGUUUAAAUGUAUGGAAUAUUGUCGCUGGCACAGGUACUGCUGGGUCAACAUCGGUUACACUUUAUAAUCCAUGCGGAAUGUUUGUUGAUAUUAACUUAAAUUUGUAUGUAGCUGAUACUUACAACAAUAGGAUUCAAAAAUUUGCCUCAGGACAAUUGAAUGGAACGACAAUAGCAACAGGAGCCAUUGUAUUAUCUCAUCCAUCUUCAGUUAUACUUGAUGCUGAUGGAUAUAUCUUUAUUACUGAUAACGCGAAUCAUCGUCUUAUUGGCUCUGGACCUAAUGGUUUUCGAUGUAUAGCUGCAUGUUCUGGAUCAUAUGGUUCGUCGUCCAGCCAAUUAUAUUUUCCACAUGUCAUGCGUUUUGACAGUUAUGGAAACAUAUUUGUCACCGAUACAUCGAAUAACAGAGUGCAAAAUGUUUUUUUAUUACCAAAUUCAUGUAAUGGAACGACAACAGUCACAACUAUGGCCACAGUUACUUCAAUGAAUAAUACUCAAUCAGUUUCUUUAACAACAACUGUUCCUGGAAUAAGUUCUACAACUGCACCAUAUCUAAAUCGUAUGUAA